AUGGCAUCUGUCGUCGAUCAUGAACCUGUUAUCGAUCGAGCUGCAUUCGAAGCCUAUAUACAACUUCGAGCGAUUGCCAAGAAAUACAAUGUCGAAGACAAACUCGAAGUACCUCAAUUGGUUCUAGUCGGUGAAACAUCAACCGGCAAGUCAAUGCUCGUGCAAAAUUUUCUUCGAUUUCCUUGUUCAUUCUCCCAGACUGGAAUUGCAACACGUUGUCCAGUGGCUUAUCGACUUGUCUACAACCCGACGUUACCUAUCGGCGAGCUUCGUAUUAUUCGACCAGCAAAUAUUACUGCUCCUCAACUGGCAAAUCAUUUGCAACAAUUAAUGAAACGUAUUCAAGAAGAACAUUCCGCAACGGGUGGUUUUCGACUCGAACCCGAAUGGAUCGAGAUCGAAAGUGCUGAAUAUACGGAUUUCGAAAUUCUUGAUCUACCUGGUCUGAUUGGUGGUGAUAAAGUCGCUGAGACUCGAGAAGCAGUAGAGAAGAUAGCCGAAGCAUUUGUGCGCAACCCUCGAUUCUCCAUUGUUCUACUGAAAGAGACGACACAAAUCACUGAUAAUAGUCAUGGUGCACGUGUGAUUGACGAACUCUGCAAAAAACAAAAAGGAACUGAUUCUUCCUUGCCACCACGGCCUGACUACCAUCGAAAUAUGAUCACUAUUCAUACGAAAUUUGAUUCUUUUAUGCUGAACUUUACCAAUGGAACUGCAACCAAUAACGAGAUUGCAAAGCAGCUUCACGAUUUUGGUUCUUCUUUCUUUACUAAUAUGAUUUUUGAUGGAUAUUCAAUGGCAGAACGAUCAUUCGAUGAUAAUGUUGCCUAUAUUCGUGAUUUAUCGCGUCGAGAACAACAAGAAGUAGACAAAUGGAUUGAGAAAAUGAAUCAAAAGAGUGACAAAUCACCUGAUCAUUAUCAGCCUUUCGAUGAGAAAUAUCGUAAGCUUAUCGGUAUCGAUGUUGUACGAAAUCAAAUUCAAUCUCUCUGGCUCAAGUCAUUUCGUUCUGCUCUGCCAAAAUUAAAAGCAAAAAUUCAAGAUGAACUCGACAAAGCCCGCCGUCAAUAUGAUGAAGAUCAAGAACGAUACAAACUACUUGAUCCCCAUAUCCUUCGCGAUACUUAUAUAAACUAUCUCAAUGAUUUUCAUAAGAUUCUUUGUCAAUAUUCUGGUUACAAGUCGGAAAUUGAUUUUAUUUUUCCUCUCGAUCGAUGUGGUCAGACAUACGAGGAUAUCGAAACUACCUAUAAUGAAUGGCAACGAACAAAAGCAAUCACCUGGCGGGCAUAUUUGAGUGCAGACGAUUUGAAACAAAAAUUUCCCGAAGAAGACAAAACGAUCAAUGCGCGUUAUGUUGGUUCUCGUCAUUUCGCGCGUCUUCAUAAUCUCUUUUCGUACAUGAUUUUACACUUCAAACCACGUGAACCAACCCGAGAUUGGAUUGAAACAACGGCUGCAUUUUUGGCUGCUAAUUCAACAGACUUUGAUGAUUUGGAAAAAGCAAUUCGAGAUAUUCUUCGCACUCUCAUACGUGAAACUUUUCUCAUGGGUAUUUGUUGGCUGACACAAAUGUAUUCCUAUCUAUUGGACAUGUUUCGAAUCAACGUUAAACGCUAUCUUCUUAGCAAUGAGAAAUACCCAACGUUGCGCGAUCACAAUAUGUUUCUAAACGCAGUCGAUUUUGAGUAUCACAUUAUUGUACGUACGAUGAUUCGCGAUGCCAUUCGUCUCAUUCGCGAUUUUCGUCAAUCAAUGAGUGCCUAUGCACACUAUGAUGUCACGAAACGUAUGGCGAAAUUGAUUUUUUCUGUUCCACGAGAGAUUGAUCAUGGUGCUUUCGAGCAACCCAUUGAGGGUAUUUUUGUGAAAAAUGCAACAAACAAUACAUACACGAAAGCUACCUUAGCCGAUAUUUUUAAAUCUAUUCCACCGCAGACACUUCUCGAGCAAAUUUAUGGUUCUGAAUCAUUUUUGACAAGUAAGCGAGAUCCACAUACAUGCAGUCAUCAUGAAAAUGCACGACGAACAAUACAAGAGCUCUACACAGCAAGCUGUGGUCGAUUCUUGGAAGAAAUUCGAUCUAGUUUCAAUACGAAUGUUGUAAUGAGAAUUCAUAAUUUUGAUCGAUUCUCUAGAGAAAGACACCCAAAUAAUCCAAAUCGACUUCCUCUCUCCUUACGUAUCAGUCGCAUGACCGAACGACAGAUUAGUGAGAUGUCGAAUAUGGAUUUCGAUGAGAUCAAUGACGUGUGUCAUAGAUCAAUUGAAAAGAUUCAAGCUUUGGACGAGGCUCUAUUGUUCAUCAAUAGCGCCAUUACUGAAAUGAACACUAGUGAACGAGUUCCAAGUGAGCAACGUCGAUCGCGUAUGGAAGACAUCAAUCUCAAAAGCACAAAACAUGCACAAUACAUGCGUAAGAAACAAGAAACUGUCGAGAGUCGUCAUCGACAACAAUAUCGCUCUCAAAGUUCUUAUACUCGUUCAGCUGAUGAGUCCAAUGAAACCCCCAAUGAUUAUGCCCUCGAUGAAGAACAGCAAUUAAUGACUCAUCGUGAUCCGACAUCAGCCAGUGAAUUUCUACGUGAGACCUAUGAUAAGCAUGAUGAGGAAGAUCUGAACUAUGGAUUUCUCGAGAAUGAUUCACGUGAUCAAGAUAAGAAUUAUUCGUCUGUACAUGAUCAUUUGCUCGUCGAUCCGAAUUCAAUGAACUAUGAUCAGACUUUGUUACAUUCUACGGGUAUGUUCACUUUCACGUAA